AUGAGCCACUGGCCUGCGUUGAACUGGACCACCCCCCAGCAGUUCGUAAUCCUGGGUUUCUCCGGGUGGCCCCAGGGGCUACGGGUGCUGCUCUUUGCCCUCCUCCUGCCGCUCUAUCUGGCCACGCUGGCAGGAAACCUGCUCAUCCUGGGCCUGGCCGUCCUGGACGCCGCCCUGCACACUCCGAUGUACUUCUUUCUGGGGGCUCUGUCUGCCGUGGAGGUGGCCUACACACUGGUGCUGACUCCGCGCAUGCUGUCUGGCUUCCUCCUGCCUCCCGGGGGCCAGGCGGUGGUCCCUUCCACCUGUGCGGCCCAGAUGGGCCUCUUUGUGGCCCUGGGAGGCUCAGAGUGCCUGCUCCUGGCCGCCAUGGCCCUGGACCGCUACUGGGCCAUCUGCCGCCCCCUCUACUACCCUCAGCUCAUGACCUCGGGGCUCUGCUGGGGCCUUCUGGCCUCCUGCUGUGGAGGGGGCUCUCUCCUGGCCCUCGGCCUCACCGCAGCCGUAUUCCAGCUGCCCUUCUGCCACGGGGGCUUGGUCAACCACGUCUUCUGUGACCUCCCGGCCGUGUUGGUGCUGGCCUGUGGGAACCGGGACCUGCAGGAGCGGGUACCGCUGGCAGCCUGCCUGCUGCUGCUGGUGCUGCCCCUGGCCCUGAUCCUGCCGUCCUACACCCGGGUGCUGGUGGUCAUCCUCGGGGUUGGGGGUGCUGCCGGCCGCCGCAAGGCCUUCAACACUGUGGCGUCGCACCUCACCGUGGCUGUGCUCCACUAUGGCUGCGCCACGGCCAUGUACGCCAGGCCCCUGAGCAGCCGCUCCCUGGAGGAGGACAAGCUGGUCUCGCUCGUCUACAUCAACCUCACGCCCCUGCUCUACCCGGCCAUCUACACGCUGCGGAACCGGGACGUGCAGGGCGCGCUGCAGCGGGUGGUCAGCCCCCGGACGCCGGGCACUGUCCGCCAGGCUGAUGGCACCUAA